AUAGACCAUGUUUUCUUCUGUUGGUCCCUUGUGUCGCCAUUUCGAAUAUAUACCGGAACAUUCUCCUCAGUCAAAUUACACGACGCACAUCUCUUCUCCGAUCGUAAAUGGCCGCCGUCGAGAACGGCAGCGCGCAGCCGCAAUCAGCGUUGAUCUUCCUCGGCACCGGUUGUUCCAGUGCCGUUCCCAAUGCAUUGUGCCUGAUCCGCCCCUCCGAUCCUCCAUGUACAGUCUGUUCCCAGUCACUUACCCUGCCACCUGAACAAAACCCUAAUUACAGGUGUAAUACAUCUCUUCUUAUUGAUUAUUGUAAGGACAAUGGUGAACACAAGUACAUAUUAAUUGAUGUUGGGAAGACAUUUAGGGAGCAAGUACUUCGGUGGUUCACUCGUUAUAGAAUUCCUCAAGUUGAUUCUAUUAUUUUGACUCAUGAGCAUGCUGAUGCAACUCUCGGCUUGGAUGAUAUCCGUGCAGUGCAACCCUUUAGCCCGACAAAUGAUAUUGAUCCGACACCAGUGUACCUGACUCAAUAUUCAAUGGAUAGCCUUGUUCAGAAAUUUCCUUACUUAGUCCAGAAGAAACUUAAGGAAGGCCAGGAAAUUAGACGUGUAGCACAACUUGAUUGGCAGAUUAUUGAAAAUGAUUGUGAAAAGACGUUUGUUGCAUCAGGACUAGAAUUUGUUCCGUUGCCAGUAAUGCAUGGCGAAGAUUACGUGUGCUUAGGGUUUCUUUUUGGUAAAAAAUUCAGAGUUGCAUAUAUAUCUGAUGUUUCACGCUUUCUUCCAACUACUGUAUCCUACAUUUCAAAAGAUAGUGGUCAACAAUUAGAUCUGCUUAUUUUGGACACACUCUAUAAGAACGGUUCCCACAAUGUUCACCUUUGCCUUACUCAGACUCUCGAGGCGUUGAAGAUGCUAUGCCCAAAGAGGGCUCUACUUAUUGGAAUGACUCAUGAAUUUGACCACCACAAAGAUAAUGAAUUCCUUGUGGAAUGGUCUAGAAGAGAAGGUAUACCAGUUCAACUUGCACAUGAUGGAUUGAGGGUCCCUGUUAACCUAUAAAGAGAUGAUAUUGCUCUAUGGACAAAGAGAAUGCCUAAAGACUGACUUAAGGCUCUGAGAGCAUCCUUUUGAUCUGUUACUGCAAGUAGAUUAUAUACAUGGAAAUAGUUGGGACAUGAUAUAACAUUGUUGUCGACGUUCACCAUAUUUUACUUUUGUACGUUCUUGUAAUCUUGUCAUUUUCUUGAAUACAAGGUGUAUCGAGUUGAAUACUAAUCAUUUGUUAAAGCAUUUAAAAAAUGAAGCUUUUUUAAUGGCAAUU